CGGAAGUACCGGAAGCGGCUGCCCGUGGCUCAGUUGAGUGACAGCAGGAGAGCGCCGGGGACGCCAGGACCAGUCCUCCAGAGCCGAAGCACAUCUCGCUUUUUCUAAAGAAAACUUGAGAGUAAAGCCCGGAUCCCUUGGCGGAGGUAAUAUUUAGGACCGUUGACAUGGAAGCAAUCGUUGAGCGUCUGGAGCAGGCAGUAAUUCGUCUGGAGGCGGUGGCGGUCAAACUGCAGAACUGUCCUGGGGGUUUGGUCAACGGAGACAUCAGCAGCAUUAUCAAUGGAGGUGAAACCGAAAGCAUGGAGGCAUUCGACAAUUUGCUGAGUGGUUCAGUGUCUGAAUAUUUGAGGACCAGCACAGCUAUUGGUGGAGAUGUGGCUAAGCAUGCAGAGAUGGUGAGCAAUGCCCUUCAGGUCCAGCGUGCUUUCCUCAAAAUGACCAUGACACAUAAGGAACCGGCAAAGACAGAGAUGGCUGACCUCCUCAGACCCAUCUCUGACCAGAUCCAGGAGGUCCAGAAUUUCCGGGAGAAGAACCGCGGCAGCAGCCUGUUCAACCACCUGUCUGCCGUGAGCGAGAGCAUCCCCGCUCUGGGCUGGGUGGCUGUGUGCCAGAAACCAGGGCCGUAUGUGAAGGAGAUGAAUGAUGCUGCAAUGUUCUACACAAACAGAGUCCUGAAAGAUUACAAAGACACUGACCCCCGUCAUGUUGAGUGGGUUCGUUCCUAUCUGAGCAUCUGGACUGAACUUCAGACCUACAUUAAAGACCACCACACCAGGGGAAUCAUCUGGAACAAGACUGGUCCUGUAGCCACUCCCUCACUGUUCAGUGCUGCUUGUGAUGGUCCUUGCCCCCCUCCUCCUCCCCCUCCACCACCAGGUCCUCCUCCGAUGUUCAUGGAUGACAGCCCCAAACCCGAGGACACAUCAGCCCAGCACUCAGCUCUGUUUGCACAGCUCAACCAGGGAGAGGCCAUCACUAAAGGUUUGAAGCAUGUGUCUGACGAGCAGAAGACCCAUAAGAACCCCAACCUGCGCUCUCAGGAAGGGAAGACACACCAGGGAUCCCCUGCCAAGAGUCAGAACCCCAGCUCGUCUGCCAAAAAACAUUCCCCCGUACUGGAGCUGGAAGGAAAGAAGUGGAGGGUGGAGCACCAGGAGAAGUCUCAUGACCUGGUGAUAGAGGAGACCGAGCUCAGACAGGUGGUUUAUGUCUUUAGCUGUAGCAACUCCACACUCCAGAUCAAAGGCAAAGUCAACUCCAUCAUAGUGGAUAACUGUAAGAAGCUGGGACUGGUGUUUGACAGUGUGGUGGGCAUCGCUGAGAUCAUCAACUCCAGAGACAUUCAGCUUCAGGUAAUGGGGAAAGUUCCUACUAUUUCCAUUAACAAGACUGAGGGGUGCCAUGUCUACCUGAGCAAGGCUUCACUUGACUGUGAGAUUGUCAGUGCCAAGAGCUCUGAGAUGAACGUCCUCGUUCCUGAGGGAGAAGAUGAUUAUAGGGAGUUUCCAAUCCCAGAGCAGUUUAAAACGCUGUGGGACGGCUCCAGCCUGGUGACAGAGCCCACAAAGAUUGCUGGUUGAUUCCUUUUCCAGCUUGUCAUCGCUUUCCUCCCACCAGAAUUCUUCAUGCACUUUCACUGUAUCACACUGUUAGCAGAGACGGAAGAAUUCAUACAUUGUGGUUGUGAGAGGUGUAGAUUUAGGCUCCGAAAAUUCACAUUUUGUUCCAUUUCCACAAACCAAUUAUGAAACAUUUCAACAAAUCCUUAACUAACCGGCGAUAAAAAAUACAUAAUAUACAUGUAUUAAUUAUUAUACAUUAAAAGUAAUAACACAUGAUGGCACCAUUAUGUGUGGAUAUGGGAUGUUUUUAGUAUGCAGCUUAAAGUACUUAGUUAAAAAAUGAAUCAGUACUCAAUUAAGUAUGUAUUUUUAUUGUUUUUGUCUUUUUUGACAUAAUCAAGUACUUUGUGUUGAUGUCAUAAAAUGUUAAAUACAUUUUGGUUCUGUGUAGCAAUAUAAUACAUACUUUUUUUUCAAAAUAAUAUGACUAUACUUAGCUGUAACUUGUUUUUAUGAAGAAACUCGUUCUUUAUGUUUUGUGCAGUCACAUUUUACAUUUCCCAACAGACUACAAAUCCCAGUUUCAGUUUAUAAUAUUGUCUUCAACAAAAAAAAAACACAUACACACACACAAAAAAAAAAACAUUUAUUUGGCAAGGUAAUCUUGUGUUUUCAGGCUUUGGACCCACAUUAUGUGCAAUCAUGAGCAGAGGACAAAAAUCUAUGGAUAUUUUACAAUCAAACCUUUUUAUUCUACGAGUCUGAUAAAUGGUCUUUGUUCUGAGAAUAAAUAAGUGCUUUUGAGGGUUUUUUUUAUUUUAUAAGAUUUUAUGUUAUUUUAUUAUAGUUCAAAUAUUGCUCAGUUUUGUCACUAUAUUUCAUUUAUAAUCUCAGACAGGUAGCUACAUGUUUGUUUGUGAUAGUAAUGACAUAUGCUGUGCAUAAUAAAAUUAAGUAAACAUGGCAACUAAAUAUUAAAUUCAUGCCCAAAAUAGUUUCCUAGAUGUUCUCACUUUGCACUCACAUAUUUACACUGCUUGUAAAUUGACAUGCUUUAAAUGUUUCUUCAACAGGAAGGUCAUGAACACUUCAGCUCAUUUUGAAUGAACGCCAACAUGUGUUAAUAUGUAGCAUUCUUCAGUCCAUAAAAGGGAAUCAUGUUACAUUUGCUUGAUUAGUAAACAGUUGACAUUUAACUAAACAGUGUAAUGCACAUUUAUAAAUGAUGCUUAAACAAAGUAGAAUGUGUACACCGUAUUAAAUCGCACACCUUACAUUGUAAUUUACCAAAGUAUUUUCACAUUACCAUAUCAAUUUAAUCAAAUAAAAUAAUUGUAAACUCA